AUGGACCCUUCUAAUAAUCCCCGCGGAAGAGGCAGGAAAGGCUCUACUUUCCCUACUUCAUUUCCUAUUACUUCGUCACCUCAGAAUCCACCUGACCAAUCUACUGAGCAACAACCUUCCUCAUCCGCGGACUACCCUCUUCAUUUUACCUUCGAGACGCCAAGCCCAUCCGCUUCUAGAGAAAAGCGAAUGCGAGCUCGCAAUCUCGACAGUACCGGCACUAUGCCCGAAGAUUCCGCCAGCAAAGGAGGGCGCUCCUUGAGAAAACGCCCUCGUGUAGAUUACACCUUUGACCAGCUUGAGGACCUUGAGAGCUACGGUGCAAAAUCUACCCCUAGCGCUAUUCGCACAUUAAAGAGACGGAAAACCGACUCUACUUCUAACGAGAAUGAGGCAAAUGAGGAUCUUGACGUUCGCACUAGCAGACGAGCUUCUGAGCAACCUCAGCCAUCAUCAUCUCGCAAACGUAACACUAGAAAGUCCACCGCAGAGCCCCAGGCUUAUGUACCAGAACAGCAUGUGGACGAUGCCGAAGUGCGAGACACCAUUGAAGUUGGUGGACGCCGAAGUGGAGACUCGGAUGAGUCAAUGCCACAAGAAUCUCAACCCAAAGUUGCGACUGGGAACGAAGUUGAACCCCAAGAGCAACAGGGCGAAGCAGAAGAGGACAUCUCCGACACAGAUGGCGACAAUUUCGAACCCGACUUAUUAGACUAUCUUACGCCAUACAUUGAUGGUUCCUUCGUUUUCUACCCGGAUUACCAGGAUGAUGAAGUUGAGCUACCGGGAACUGAGGCAGAACCGGAGGUUGACGCCGAAGUUGAUCUGAACGCUGAAGCUGAAGCGAACUCUGGUGUUGAAGUCAAUCAUGAGGCAGAUCCCGAGGCCGGCCUAGAACCAGAAGAUGGCGCAGAAGUACUACCUGCUGAAGAAGACGCAGCUGUCGAAGACACUCCGGCUGAAACUGUAGCAAAUUCACCUACCACCGAAUUAGAGGCACCCGGCACACAAUCGGUAGAUAUGAAGCAAUUUCGCUUCAAAAAGACCAGGGACGCAUCCGAGUUCACUGAUCUAUUUAAGGACAUCAAGUCAUUAACCCCCAAGGAGCUUUACCGAAGAGUCGAAGCUGCAAACAAGGCUCUCGUGGCCUGGCAGGAAGAGUACAACGAAUUACGAAAGUUCACAGAUGAUUUUGACAAUUCGGUUCGCUACCAGAAAGAAGAGGACGCGUUCAAUCGUCGCUUCAAGGCCACUGUCGCCAGAGAUCCUAAUGCAAACCCCAUCCAGAAAGAUUUCGUCAUCAAGGGUAUUAGAGCCAAAGAGACAGUAGAUCCGGAAAUUGCCUAUACCAGGCAACAAGAUAGAAUUAUGGCCAACAUCUACGGGUUCGAAUAUGAUCCCAGGGCAGACAAAGUGGGCAGACAGGACCCCAUUGCGCAACGAACUGGCUUAAGUCGUCACGGACGUCUUCGUGAGAGACCCAAGCAGACCGCAAAGGCGGCUGAGGCUGAAGAUCCCAACAUCUUGCCAGGGAAGCGAACAAGGAAGCCACCGGAGAGGUUUACUGAAGGUGAAGCCGCUAGUAGAGGCGCUACCCCAGUUCCAACUCAACGUCGAGGACGCCGUGGCGCACAAGCACAAGAGAACGGCGAUGAAUAUCACAAUCAACAGAAUCAAUCCCAGCCUCAACCUCUGAGCCAGACUGCCAGCGUACCAAAUGUAGCUCCCGAAUCAGAAGAACAAGAACAGCCUAAGAAAAGAGGAAAAGGUGGCAGACCUCGAAAACCCUUCCUUGUGGUGCCGGAAUCUCAGUCUGCGCCAACUCCAGGGCCAGAACAGGACGAGGUCAAUUCCGAGUUGGAGCCGACUACCAACCUACGUCCCAAGGUGCAAAUGAAGACCGCGGCCAAGUCCCAACCUAAAUCUGGACCUAAGGCCAAGCCUGCUACAGAGCCCACAGCACAGCUCAGUAUAGAGCCUCAGCCUGAGCCGGUGCUUUCGCUCAAUAGAGAGGCAGAGGAAGUGGGUGCAGAGGAAGAACAGCCCCGCAAACGCAAGCGCAAGGCUCCUGCAAAUACUACGGCGGUUGCAGAAGAGGAGGAAGAGAGCAAUUUGCAGAAUGGUGCAGAGCCUCUAACGCCCUCAAAACCAGCGCGUCGGACGAACUCCCGAAAAUCCGACAUUCCAUCAGGGUCCUUCAAGAUUGCAACUCCUAGAACAGUCGCCUCUACGAAUCAUUAUGCCGAAGAACCUCGCCCCCUGACUGCAUCGUCAACUGCGACAGCUGAGACAGUAGCAUCUACAAGUAACUACCAGCUCCGCGAGAAACGACAAAGAAAGUUCACCAACAACAUCAAUGAGGAGGAUUCCAUCGAGGAGCCUAAACCCAAGCGCACUAAACGCGCUCCAAAGAAAAUACAGACCAAAGUUGAGGAUCUGACACCAGCUCCAGAGCCGGAGCCGGCUCCAGCACCACAAAUCGAGCUGAAGUCUCCUGCACCUAAACCACCCACCAAGAUUAAAUUCAAGGUAAAGAACCAGCAUCCAGCCUUUCCGCCUGCUCUUAGCACACCACCGCUGGUACCUUCAAAUCCCCCGCCGACUCACACCAAUUACAACAAUAAUAUCAACGGGAAUUCCAACAGCGACAGCGGUAGCAAUGGAUUUGCUGGACCCAAUACCCCAGACGGAGAGAUUGGUGCAGACCCCAAUAAGGAUUACAAUUCUAUGACUAAGUCAGAAAAGAUGUCGCACUCUAUGAAAGCUCGAUGGGCAUCCGGCUCAAUGAAUACGGCCGUGGCCAAGCGUCGCGCAACGCUUGCUGCGAAGAAGCAGAGCGCGAAACCGCCUACGGGAGGUAACUCUACGGCGUGCAACCAAGGAGGAACGCCGACCUCCCGAUCUACUCCAGGCGGCGACGAGGAUGACGAUCCUGCUGCCCUAAGGCAGUAG